CUUUUAUAGCAUUAAUAUUGAUUCUAUUGUGUUUUAAUGUAGAUCAUUUAAUUGGAUCUUUUUUUGAGCCUUCUGCAGUGGAGCUGUCAUUUCAAGCUCCAACAGAGGUUUUCCUGUGUUGCUCGAUAUCUAUUAUAAAAACGGGUUGUUAAUCUCCAUAAUUGGCAUUGACCACAUGAUGUUCUUAAUUGACCUCCAGCAGUGUGGUCGUUCCUGAGAGCAUCUGUCACUUUAGGCAUUACAAGAUGGAUGGGUCUCCAGUGAACUGCUGGUUGAAGCAAAUGGUGAAAAUAAGAAAAGUCAAGGGGUUUCAGGGUCUGCAGAGGGGACAGACAACAAGGAAACACUGUUAGAAAUCAAGAGUAAGCUGAGCAAUAGAGGAAGAGAGCAAAGAUGGAUCAGAUGUCAUUUUAUAAACAUCUUGGAAAUCAGAAUCUUUUGGCUUUCCUGAUCUGAGGGAGACAUCUGCAUCAUGGUGCACAAAAAGCUUUAAACAAGUUAAAAUCUAGGCAACAGACUCCCUGAAGUGUUGACUGCCCAACUUAAUCAUGACUGUGAUUCAAAAAUGUUAUUAAAUAAACCAAGGUGUAGAUCAUGGGGAAUUCAUAUGCUGGGCAACUGAAAUCUGCUCGAUUUGAGGAAGCUCUCCACAACUCCAUAGAAGCCUCCCUCAGAUGUAGUAGUGUGGUACCGCGGCCAAUUUUUUCCCAGCUAUACCUGGACCCUGACCAGCAUCCUUUCUCAUCUGCAGAUGUCAAACCCAAGGUGGAGGAUCUGGACAAAGAUUUGGUAAAUCGCUACACUCAAAAUGGAAGUCUGGAUUUUUCUAACAAUCUAACAGUUAAUGAAAUGGAAGACGAUGAAGACGAUGAAGAAAUGUCUGAUUCAAACAGUCCACCAAUUCCCUAUUCACAAAAACCUGCCCCGGAAGGAUCUUGCACUACAGAUGGUUUUUGUCAAGCAGGAAAGGAUUUGCGUUUGGUAUCACUGUGUAUGGAACAAAUUGACAUCCCAGCAGGAUUCCUCCUGGUGGGUGCCAAGUCUCCCAAUCUGCCUGAACACAUCCUAGUUUGUGCUGUGGACAAGCGAUUUCUACCGGAUGAUCAUGGAAAAAAUGCACUUUUAGGGUUUUCUGGAAAUUGUAUCGGCUGUGGAGAAAGAGGAUUUCGAUAUUUCACGGAAUUUUCCAACCACAUUAACUUGAAGCUCACCACUCAGCCAAAGAAGCAGAAGCACUUAAAGUACUACCUAGUCAGAAGCUCCCAGGGUGUACUGUCUAAGGGACCUCUUAUCUGCUGGAAAGAAUGUAGAAGCCGACAAUCCUCUGCUUCUUGCCACUCUAUUAAACCAAGCUCUUCAGUGUCAUCAACUGUGACCCCAGAAAAUGGGACAACUAAUGGAUACAAAUCAGGAUUCACUCAGACAGAUGCUGCUAAUGGAAACAGUAGCCAUGGAGGGAAGGGCAGUGCAUCCAGCUCCACUCCAGCCCACACAGGGAAUUACUCUUUGUCACCAAGACCUAGCUAUGCAUCAGGAGACCAAGCUACCAUGUUCAUUUCCGGGCCACCAAAGAAACGACACCGGGGAUGGUAUCCUGGGUCACCUCUCCCCCAACCUGGCUUCGUUGUACCUGUCCCUACCGUUCGUCCUCUUUCAAGAACGGAGCCCCUUUUAUCUGCCCCAGUUCCACAGACCCCACUAACUGGAAUUUUACAACCCAGGCCUAUUCCUGCAGGGGAAACUGUAAUUGUUCCUGAAAACCUGCUGAGUAACUCAGGAGUUAGACCAGUAAUUCUGAUAGGCUAUGGCACUUUACCUUAUUUCUAUGGAAAUGUUGGUGACAUUGUUGUGAGUCCUCUGCUGGUGAAUUGCUACAAGAUUCCACAGUUGGAAAACAAAGAUUUGGAACAAUUAGGGUUGACUGGCAGCCAAUUUCUGAGCGUGGAAAACAUGAUUCUUCUGACGAUACAGUAUCUUGUGCGGCUGGGUCCUGAUCAGGUACCUCUCAGGGAAGAAUUUGAGCAAAUUAUGCUGAAAGCUAUGCAAGAAUUUACUCUGAGAGAAAGAGCCCUGCAGAUAGGUGCUCAGUGUGUCCCUGUGUCACCAGGACAACUCCCCUGGCUUGCUAGAUUAAUUGCCAGCGUAUCUCAAGACUUGGUUCAUGUGAUUGUGACCCAGAACUCUUUGGCGGAGGGCAUUUCAGAGACCUUAAGGACUCUCAGUGAAAUGAGACACUAUCAAAGGCUACCAGAUUAUGUGGUGGCAAUUUGUGCAUCGAAAAUCAGAGGAAAUGAAUUUUGUGUGGUAGUGUUAGGUCAGCACCAGUCCCGAGCUCUGGCAGAGAGCAUGCUCACCACAAGUGAGUUUUUGAAAGAAAUUAGUUAUGAGCUUAUCACAGGAAAGGUCAGUUUCCUGGCAUCACAUUUCAAAACCACAUCAUUAGGCGAUGACCUAGACAAGCUGCUGGAAAAAAUGCAACAAAGAAGAGGAGACAGUGUGGUUACCCCUUUCAAUGGAGACCUUAAUGAAUGUGUGUCACCCCAGGAGGCUGCUGCUAUGAUUCCCACACAAAACCUGGAUUUAGAUAAUGAAACCUUCCAAAUUUAUCAACCGCAGCUAACAGUUGCCAGAAAACUCUUAUCCCAGGUGUGCGCUAUAGCGGACAGUGGCAGCCAGAGCCUGGACCUCGGUCACUUCAGCAAAGUAGACUUCAUCAUCAUUGUCCCCAGAUCGGAGGUGUUGGUUCAGCAAACUCUUCAACGGAUUCGACAAUCAGGUGUCCUUGUAGACUUGGGUCUGGAGGAAAAUGGGACAGCCCAUCAGAGAGCAGAAAAAUAUGUUGUUCGUCUAGACAAUGAGAUUCAAACCAAGUUUGAAGUUUUUAUGAGGAGAGUGAAACAGAACCCGUACACACUGUUUGUGCUAGUUCAUGACAACUCCCAUGUGGAACUAACGAGUGUCAUUUCAGGCUCUUUGUCACAUGGCGAACCCAGUCAUGGACUAGCUGAUAGGGUCAUUAAUUGCAGAGAAGUUCUGGAAGCUUUCAACCUCCUGGUGCUCCAGGUCAGCUCCUUCCCAUACACUCUGCAGACCCAACAGUCCCGUAUUAGCUCUAGCAAUGAGGUUCACUGGAUACAGCUGGAUACUGGGGAGGACGUGGGCUGCGAGGAGAAGCUGUACUUUGGCUUGAAUGAGUACAGCAAGUCUCUGCAGUGGGGGAUCACGAGCCCACUUCUGAGAUGUGACGAGACUUUUGAAAAAAUGGUGAACACACUCUUGGAGAGGUACCCCAGGCUGCACAGCAUGGUCGUCCGCUGCUAUCUUCUCAUCCAGCAGUACUCUGAGGCUCUGAUGGCUCUCACCACCAUGGCGUCGCUCCGAGACCACAGCACACCAGAAACACUCAGCAUUAUGGAUGACCUCAUCAGCUCCCCAGGCAAAAACAAAAGUGGGAGGGGACACAUGCUCAUUAUCAGGGUGCCCUCGGUGCAGCUGGCGAUGUUAGCCAAGGAGCGACUACAGGAGGUGCGCGACAAACUGGGUCUGCAGUAUCGGUUCGAGAUCAUCCUUGGGAACCCGGCCACUGAACUCAGUGUUGCAACUCACUUUGUGGCGCGAUUAAAGAGUUGGAGAGGAAGUGAACCAGAAGAGUGGAUCCCUCGGACAUACCAAGAUUUAGACGGUCUGCCUUGUAUUGUGAUAUUAACUGGCAAAGAUCCUCUUGGAGAAACCUUUCCCAGGUCUUUGAAGUACUGUGACCUCCGGUUAAUUGACUCAAGCUAUUUAACUCGCACGGCCUUGGAGCAGGAGGUGGGUCUGGCAUGCUGCUAUGUCUCUAAAGAGGUCAUCCGGGGACCCACUGUUGCCCUGGACCUCAGCGGGAAGGAGCAGGAGAGAGCUGCUGUCAGUGAGAAUGACUCCGAUGAGCUGCUUAUCGACCUGGAGCGGCCCCAGAGCAACAGCAGCGCCGUCACAGGGACCUCCGGUUCCAUCAUGGAGAAUGGAGUGAGCUCUUCCAGCACAGCUGACAAGUCCCAGAAGCAGUCCCUGACCCCCAGCUUCCAGAGCCCAGCCACUAGUCUGGGCCUGGAUGAAGGGGUCUCUGCCAGCUCAGCUGGAGCCGGAGCCGGGGAGACUCUGAAGCAGGAGUGUGACUCCCUGGGCCCCCAGAUGGCGAGCAGCACCACCUCCAAGCCGCCAUCGUCGUCCUCAGGACCCAGGACCCUCCCAUGGCAGGGACAGCCCAUCAGAGGCUGCCGGGGCCCGCAUGCAGCCCUGCCACCAGUGGUGAUCCUAUCCAAAGCGGCCUACAGCCUCCUAGGCUCCCAGAAGAGUGGCAAGCUGCCAUCCUCCUCAUCCCUGCUGCCCCAUGCCGACGUGGCCUGGGUGAGCUCCCUGCGGCCGCUCCUGAACAAGGACAUGAGCAGCGAGGACCAGUCCCUCUACUACAGGCAGUGGACCUCGGCCCGGCAGCACCACGCCGACUACAGCAACCAGCUGGACCCGGCCUCUGGCACCCGAAACUUCCACCCCCGGCGGCUCCUGCUGACAGGGCCCCCACAGGUGGGAAAGACAGGCUCCUAUUUACAGUUCCUCAGGAUCCUCUUCCGCAUGCUCAUCAGGCUCCUGGAGGUGGAUGUGUAUGACGAGGAGGAGAUCAACACCGAUCACAGUGAAAGCAGUGAAGUGAGCCAGUCAGAGGGAGAGCCCUGGCCUGACAUCGAGAGCUUCAGUAAAAUGCCUUUUGAUGUCAGUGUGCAUGACCCCAAGUACACUUUGAUGAGCCUGGUGUAUACUGAGAAGCUGGCAGGGGUCAAACAAGAAGUGAUAAAGGAAUCCAAAGUUGAAGAGCCCAGGAAACGGGAAACUGUGUCCAUAAUGCUGACCAAAUAUGCAGCCUAUAACACCUUUCACCACUGUGAACAGUGCCGCCAGUACAUGGACUUCACCUCUGCCUCCCAGAUGUCUGACUCCACCCUUCAUGCCUUCACAUUCUCUUCCUCUAUGCUGGGAGAAGAGGUUCAGCUCUAUUUCAUCAUUCCCAAAUCCAAAGAGAGUCAUUUUGUCUUCAGCAAGCAGGGCAAGCACCUGGAGAGCAUGCGGCUGCCCCUGGUUUCAGACAAGAAUUUGAAUGCAGUCAAGAGUCCUAUUUUCACUCCUUCCAGUGGUCGACAUGAGCACGGACUCCUAAACCUUUUCCACGCCAUGGAGGGCAUCAGCCACCUUCACCUCCUCGUGGUCAAAGAGUAUGAGAUGCCUCUGUACCGCAAAUACUGGCCCAACCACAUCAUGCUGGUGCUUCCCGGCAUGUUCAAUAAUGCAGGCGUGGGUGCUGCCAGGUUCCUCAUUAAGGAGCUAUCAUAUCACAACCUAGAAUUGGAGAGAAACCGCCUGGAGGAGUUAGGCAUUAAACGCCAGUGUGUCUGGCCUUUCAUCGUCAUGAUGGAUGACUCAUGUGUCCUAUGGAACAUUCACAGUGUUCAGGAGCCAUCCAGCCAGCCUGUGGAAGUAGGAGUUUCCAGUAAGAAUGUUUCCUUGAAGACUGUCUUACAGCACAUUGAAGCCACACCAAAAAUUGUCCACUAUGCAAUCUUGGGCAUACAGAAAUGGAGCAGCAAGCUGACUUCUCAGAGCCUAAAGGCCCCAUUCUCUAGGUGUCACGUGCAUGAUUUCAUUCUUCUCAACAUAGACUUGACUCAGAAUGUGCAGUAUGACUUCAACAGGUAUUUCUGUGAAGAUGUUGACUUUAAUCUGAGAACGAACAGUAGUGGCCUGUUCAUCUGCCGCUUUAAUAACUUCAGUCUCAUGAAGAAACAUGUUCAGGUUGGAGGGCAAAGGGACUUUAUCAUUAAACCAAAGAUCAUGGUGUCAGAGAGCUUAGCACCCAUCUUGCCCCUUCAAUACAUCUGCGCUCCCGACAGUGAACACACGCUACUGGCAGCCCCUGCACAGUUUCUCCUGGAGAAAUUCCUUCAGCACGCCUCAUAUAAACUCUUCCCCAAAGCCAUCCAUAACUUCAGGAGUCCCGUGCUGGCCAUUGACUGCUACCUUAACAUUGGACCAGAGGUGGCCAUAUGCUAUAUCAGCUCCAGACCCCACUCCAGCAAUGUCAACUGUGAAGGAGUGUUUUUCAGCGGACUCCUUUUGUACCUCUGUGACUCUUUUGUAGGUGCUGAUCUUCUUAAGAAAUUUAAAUUUCUAAAAGGUGCUACCCUGUGUGUCAUCUGCCAAGACAGAAGUUCCUUGCGCCAAACGAUUGUCCGCUUAGAGCUAGAAGAUGAGUGGCAGUUCCGCCUCCGGGACGAGUUUCAAACUGCUAACAGCAGUGAAGACAAGCCUCUCUACUUUCUUACUGGACGUCAUGUAUGAGCUUUUGAAGAGACCAAAAACAGCAAAAAGAUGCCUAGGUGGGGUGGGACAGAAA